AUGGCUAAUAGCUGCCCCUACUCCUUGCAAUUGCAGGUCUACCCCUACAAAGAUGUGCUUUCAAAUCUCAAGCUCGACAUUAGCUCACCAGAUCAAAUUAUCUUACUUUUGAUUUUUGCGGUCCGGCUUAUUCUCCGACUCUUCUUUUCGCUAGGCCGAUCUCUUUCCUACGCGUACAAACUCUGUCCGACACAUUUAUGUCAUAAACACAUUUAUCCAAGCUUUACACGCGGUCUUCUAUCCUUCCAUACUUGUCCUGGUCAUGAGCGAAUUCGAAGUAUUACUACGCAUGAAGCUGGAUCAAUUCCGGCAGAUGUGCCAACAGGCCAUCAAAUACCCGUACCCCCAACACAAUAUUAUAUUGAUGCCGCUUCGACCGGGUGUGGGGCCGAUCAGGGUCUGACCAGGUUCAAGGAAGAUCAUCAAGGUUCUGCAGCUGCGCCUGAAACCAACAGCACGAACAGAAUAUCCAGUAAUGACGAGCGUUGGAACUACAUGUUGGUUACUAAAUUACCUGAAGCCGAUUACGAGGUACAGGAGGUCGACAUCGAUGAAGAGAACAACUCCGAAGAUAACUUCUAUUCCUACCAAAUGUGGGAAGGGUAUAGGGUGAAGCACGAACCUCGGUCGCAUUUUAUCUGGCAACAUAGUACGGACACACUAUUCGCACUUGCAGUUGACGGGUCGGUUUAUGGCUUUUCCAUAGAUUUCGAGUGUGGUUAUCUUAUUUCGGAUACGAUUGAGGGUGCAAUGUCGUAUAUCACGAAUCCUGGUACAAGAGCGAAGGGGCCAGCAAGGCCGCCUUGGGGCCCAUAUGAUAUCAAUGCCGAAGAUAUGUUUGGGGAAAAGUUCGGCGAUGAAGACUACGAUUCUGGAAUAGAUGAUUGCGAUUCUGAAUCCGAAUGCGACUAG